CUCCCUAACACUCUGUGAAUAACAUGGCGCAGCCUUUCGACCCAGAGACAGCAGAGAACUUGAUUGAGAUCGACAAACAGUUUGCUGUCAGAACCGUAGAACAUGCUCAGACACAUUGGAACCUCAUCACUCGCAUCCCGCCACGAAAGCUCAAACUGACCCCUAUUGACGACGAGAUCUACGAAGACUUCAAGAAGGGGUUCCCAGAGCUUGCUGACUUUCCUGACAAGCUGAGUAAACUGGACGAUGAGGAUUUGAAAAGCCCGGAGGCGAAGAAAAGGUGGAGAGAGUGGAUGGCUAAGUACGAGAAGAAGCUGAAAGAUUAUAACUUUGGAACCCUGCUGAGAAAUAACGCGAAAGAGGAGUACGGAGAGCAUAAUGCGAUGUUGGUUCUCAAGAUCCAAUGGUGUGCGAUAGAGAUUGCUCGUAACCGAUUAGGUCUGAAUGACUACGUCUACGACGAAACACAACGACAAAUGCAAGCUGCAGCGGCGAAGAAGACAUAACAGCAGUCUCUCGCUUCAUCAUCCACGCGUCGGGAGAUGCCACAUCUCACCAGCAGUAAUCGAGCUCAUCCCGGACCAUCGUUGUCCUCGAACAAUUGUGGUUGUACUUUCUCUGUCUACCAGCAACUCGCUGGCACAUCGCACGAAGAAAGGAAUAAAUGCAUCGUUCGUCUUCCGACCAAGGGCCUGUGAGAACCGUUUCGUGGCUACAAUUUUGCAACCCUGGGCUACCAUCUCCCAAUCCCACGGCCCUACAGGGUCUGUGGUGGUCGGGGACUUGCUUUUCAAGCUAAUCGAUACGAGAACACCCGGGUGAUGUACCGGUCACGGUCACGCCGCCUGAGGAGCACUGACGCCACAGAGGCCCAAAAUGGAAUAGCCUGACAGUUGUUCGGAGGGCAUUUCGACACUAUCCGUGAGCGACGAGCAGUAAACAAGCGAAUAUUCUCGUGCCAUCGUCGACAAGCAGUGGCCACCUAGCCAACGGUAUUCUGUGCGUCCGGAGAUCU